AUGUCGAGAAUUCUGCACCCCCUCUCCGUCUAUUUCCCAGACCUUCUGGACUCUGAUUUCGAACUCGAUUGCAAGCUCGGGCCAGACAAGAAUUACCUCGAGCACAAUUGUUCCGGCCGAACGAAUCCGCCGCCAUCGUCGAGGUUGAGGAGGACGUCUGCGUCAAUGGUGACGACAAAGCAGUCGAGGAGCGCGAGGGAGUGGCCGAUAUUGGCGGUGGUGGUGUUCUUGUCGCCUUUGCCGGAGGUGAUGAUCACGACGCGUGGGGUCUUGCCGAAGUGCUGCGGCUUGCAGAUGUGCUGGAGGAGACUCCAAUUGCGGUCGGUCGGCUCUCUGAGGGAUUUUUUAUGGUUGAGGUGCUAUGGUGAAGUUUUGCAAUGGUAUUGA